AUGCAUAUUUUACAUGUAAACUUAUCACAAAAUAAUCAAUUGAAAUUCAUGAAAAAUAUGAAACGCAUGCGAAAACAAAGUUAUUGCAAUAUUUUGCAAAAGAUAGUACGAAAUUGUUUGAAAAUCAUUAUGAAACAAAUCUCAGAGUUUUGUCAGAAAACAGGACUUCAUGGAUGCAAAUACAUUUGCGAACCUCAACGUUCAAUAAUAGAAAGAGCCGUAUGGGCAAUAAUGGUGUUUUCAUCCCUAUGCAUCGCGAUUUGGAUGAUGAAAAUUACUUACGAAUAUUUUAUGAAAAAUCAUAUUCUCACAGUGAUUGAAACGACACAUCAUGGAAUAUGGAAUUAUCCAUUUCCAGCGGUCACGAUAUGCGAUUUCAAUCGCGUAUCUCUCAAAUUGACGAAAAAAUUAGUCGACAAUUUGAAACUUCCACCAGCUGUGUCAAAGGAAUUUGUUGUUGAAGAAAUGAGAUUAUUGGACGAAUUGUUAUAUCCUGGUAUACACGGAUUAUAUAUUCGAAAUAAUCUCUCACGAUUACAAAAUAUUUUUGAGAUGAAUAAUCUUACAAUACCAAUCAUCAUGAAUUCUGUUACGCGAAGUUGUGAAAGUUUAUUAGAAUUAUGUAAAUGGAAAACAAAAAAAGAAGAUUGCAAUAAUAUAUUUCAAACGAGUAUCAGUCGUAACGGUAUAUGUUGUAGUUUUAAUUAUAUCACUCAUGAUUUAAUUAUGAAACAGCCAAGUAUAAAACCACGUAAAAUAACUUCUUGUGGAUAUCAGAGUGGACUCAAUAUUCUGCUUAAUUUUGAUAUUGAAGAUUAUCAUGCCAGUAUUGUAGAAUCUAUAGGAAUAAAGAUUAUGUUACACGAUCCUUACGAUUAUCCUGAUUAUGAUGCAUCAAGCAAAUUAAUAGGUGUAAAUAAAUAUUCUUUUUUAACUGUUAAACCUAUGGAGAUUUAUUCAACUAAGGAUAUUAAAUGGGUAUCUAAUAAACAGUGCACAUUAUAUAAUGAAGAAAAUACAAUACCUAAUAAUUUGAAAAAGAACUUCAUUUCUUCAAGAUAUUCGUUCAUAAAUUGUCUGACGGAUUGUCGAGCAACUGUAAUUAAAAAAGAAUGUGGAUGCAUCCCAUAUUAUUCUAUAUCAAAUUUUUUCAUAAUUAAUGAUUGAAAAAAUAUUGAAAUUAAAUUUUCAGUUUGGUAUGACACCUCUUGGCCAGGAACAGACAUGUCACCUAAAUCUUUACCGUUUGUAGAAUUGGAUAUUAAAAAUAGACCUUGUAACUGUAAACCUGAUUGUAAUUUUUAUCGUUAUAUUAUGGAAUAUUCAGCAGCAAGUCUUGACAAACGCGUUUAUUAUAAUGACUUUACUUAUACAACUUAUCUUAGCAAAGGUAAAACUUGGAAAAAUCAGAGUAUAAUUCAUAUAUUUUUUGGGGAUUUAAUUUCUAUUCGGUAUCGUCGAGAUACGCGUUAUGGUUGGCGUCACAUAUUUGCAACAUAUGGCGGUCUGUUAGGGAUAUUCGCUGGUUUUAGUUUCAUGUUCAUUUUUGAAAUUAUUUAUUUUUUUGUUAUUCGAAUUCUAACAGAUGCAUAUGCAAGAAGAAAUACGGAAAGCAUAAAUUAGAUGACAGAAAUUUUUAUUAACUAUACAAAAAAAUUUUGUUAAAUAUA